GCGUGUUCUCCAUGUGUUUCCUAAUCACAGGGAAUUCCCAAAGCACGACUCCAGACCCUCCAGACGCAGUUUAAAAAGAAAUGAGUUCCUGAUCAUUUCUCUGUCUUUUUGUCCGUCAUGGUUCACUUGGUGCCUGGGUCUACAAUGCCUCUCCUGGCUCUGGCUGUAUUUCUGGUCCCCUGGACGGAUUGGUCUGAAGGUCGGCCUCAGUUGAUUGGUUCCUCUCAGCCAAUCAGGGCUCCUCUGGGUAGUGAUGUCCUCCUGCCGUGUAUUUUGCAGCCUGAGCGCAAUAUUGAGGGGAUCUUGGUGAGGUGGUGGCGGCCCAACGUCCCACCGGACCCCCAAGACCCAAAGAGCGACUACUGGUACAUUCACCUGUACCCUGAAAACCAGCAUCAGGAGGACCUGACGAUGCCGUCGUACGUUGGGAGGACGGAGAUGUUCGCAGACGGCCUGAAACUCGGGAACGUUUCCCUCCGGAUCAGAAACCUGCAGCUCUCUGAUGACGGGAGAUACCGAUGUUUCAUCCCAAUGCUGUGGAUUGAUACCGACAUAAUGCUGGAAGUCUUUGAUCCAAUCUCUGAUGACACUUUGACGACCACGCAGUUUCAGGGAAAUCUCCAAACUCCAGAUCCAAAAAAUGAAACUGAUGUCAAAGUUACUGUAGACGCUGUCUCUUUGGUUUUAGUUGGUCGGCACUAUUGGAGCUUGUGCUUCGUGGUUCUGGCUUUCUGCAUCUUACUGGCUGUUGGGCGUUUCCUGAAACACAAGUGUCAAAGACGAGAUCUGCCGUGCUGCUUGUCAGAAACCAACUCACCUCCUUCCUCCUCUGCUGAAUAUGUGGUGAUAAGAGCAUCAGAUGUGGGAUUCUGACCUGCAGCACGUCUGGAAACAAGUGGACCGACCGGGGAAACAACAUCUUGACACGCAAUGCAUUACUGUAAGGACCUGUGUCGACUUUAUCUGUUUCUACUUGUUCCAGAUGAGGGCCGAGCGUAUUGAGCCAAUACCACGUGUUGAGCACAAAACAAAACAAGCACAAACAGAUAGUGAAAACAAAGCGGCAAUGCUCUAAGAGUAACCGUGUACUCUUGGACUCAUUUAGUUUUCUUUGUACUGUUUCUGUUUCUGAUUUGAUGUAAAGCGUCUUUGGGCAUUAGGAAAAGCACUAUCAAAGUCCAAUGUAUUAUUAUUAUUAUUAUUAUUAUUAUUGUUGUUGUUAUUGUUAUUGUUAUUGUUAUUGUUAUUAUUAUUAUUAUUAUUAUUAUUGUACUUUUUCUUAUCACAGUAAAUGCAGCGUGUGUGUGCAUUAAGGGCUUUAAUACCCCACAGAUUGAUGACUAAAAACUAAUUUACUGACGGUGAUCUACCAGCACUAAUGAAGUUAGUCUAGAUAUCACGAAUGUUAAACGGGAUCAAACUAGCCGUUACUUGAAAUACUGGACAGUGUUCUGACGUUAGCUAUGUAGCCAAGUUAGCUCAGUUACUCUCCUACACUGUAAAUGUCAGCCCCCCCCCCCCACCAACUCUGCACAAUUAAGCUGAACCUAAGGCCCCGGCCCCACGGGAACGCAUACGGCAAAACGCAUAGGAUUAACGCAAACGCAAUCGCCAAAAAGCUUCC